CAACUUAAAGAAGAUAUAAAAGAUUACGAUUGGAAUGAGCUUCAGAGCCAGUAUAUGAUUAUGAUGGAAAAGCAUGGAAAGGGCGAAGAAGAACUACGAGACCAUAUCGCGACAUUGCUUCAGAUCUUCACGGCUUGGUCGCAAACAACUGUUGUCCACGACGAAACACGAGCGCUGAAAAGAUUUAGAACCCAGAUGCAUCACGUCCAAAAUUCCGAAGAGAGCUUAGAAAAGAAGAGAAACCAUUAUAUCGACGUCGUCAAGGCAUUUGAAAGCGCACUCGCGCUUUUAAACGACCGCGUUAAA